UAAUGAAUUUACAUAGACAAUGAUGUUAAGAUCUCUUUCAUUGACAACAAUUCAUAAAUCUGAAGAGGGAUGCUGAGUUCUUCACAAUCUGAUCCUUGUGAGAGAAGAGUUGAGAAAGGGGAAAUAUGGAUGAGAAAAACAUAAGCCAUGGACUGGAAUCCCCACUUAUUCCAGUCUCAUUAGGAGUUCAGGGAUCCAGUACAAAGCAUUCCGAUUUCUUGGCAGAAGUGAAGAAGCUCUUGGCACUAGCAGGGCCUCUGAUCUUGGUCAACUUCUUGAUAUUUGCUUUGCAGGUGAUCGCCCUCAUGUUUGUUGGCCACCUUGGAGAGCUAGCUCUUUCUGGUGCUUCUUUGGCUACUUCAUUCGCUUCAGUAACUGGUUUCAGCUUGUUGAAUGGGAUGUCUGGUGCAUUGGACACAUUCUGCGGUCAGUCCUAUGGAGCAAAACACUAUCGAAUGCUGGGAAUUCAUAUGCAGAGAGCUAUGGUCGUCCUUUUACUUACCUGCAUCCCUCUUACAUGUAUUUGGGCAAAUACAGGGCGUAUUCUUGCGUUUGUGGGGCAAGAUCCUGAAAUAUCAUUUGAAGCUGAAGUGUAUGCCCGCUUUCUGAUACCAGGCAUCUUUGCUGUUGCGCUCCUAUACUGCCAAAUCCGAUUUCUGCAAGCCCAAAAUAAUGUCUUUCCUAUGAUGUUUACUACUGGAAUUAUAACAUUAGUUCAUUUACUCAUGUGUUGGCUUCUCGUAUUUAAAUCAGGCCUCGGAAGCAGAGGUGCUGCUCUGGCUAGCUCCGUUUCGUAUUGGAUCAAUGUUUUGUUGUUAGCGUUGUAUAUUAGGUUAUCUCCUUCCUGUAAAAUGACUUGGACUGGAUUUUCCAAGGAAGCAUUUCAUCAUAUCUGGAAAUUUCUUACACUGGCAAUUCCUUCUGCUAUAAUGACCUGCCUAGAGAUUUGGUCAUUUGAAAUGAUGGUUUUGCUGUCUGGUCUUCUUCCAAAUCCAAAGCUAGAAACAUCAGUUCUUUCCAUCAGCCUUAACACAUGUAGCAUGAUUUACAUGAUGCCGCUAGGACUUGGUGGUGCCAUCAGUACAAGAGUCUCAAAUGAACUCGGGGCUGGUAGGCCAUAUGAAGCUCGUUUAGCAGCAUGCAUUGGACUUUUGGUUGUUUUGACGGAAGGUGUUUUGGCAUCAACAUCCCUCAUCCUUUUGCGCAAAGUAUGGGGCUACUGCUAUAGCACAGAAGAAAAGGUAGUGAGAUAUGUAGCAGAUAUGAUGCUUUUGCUUGCAGGAUCACAUAUUCUAGAGGGCAUUCAAACCGUACUUUCAGGCACUGCAAGAGGAUGUGGCUGGCAAAGGGUAGGUGCAAUCAUCAAUUUGGGAGCUUAUUAUUUGUUGGGAAUACCUUCUGCUAUACUGUUAGCAUUUGUCUAUCAUGUUGGAGGAAAGGGGCUUUGGAUUGGCAUUAUUGUGGCGCUUGCUGCACAAGCAUCACUUCUUGGAAUAAUAACUGUGCGAAUGAAUUGGGAGAAAGAGGCAAAGAAGGUUGCUGAUAGGGUGUCUGGCAAAGUGAAUCCCAGAGAAGCAUCAUAGUAUGGAAAAAGGAAACAACGGAUCAACUGAUCUCAAAGAAAAUCAAGAGCUUUGACAUCCUAAUUUUGUUAAAUUUGCCUGUCUUGCAGGGCAUGUAGCAGUUUUUAACCUUUUUUCAGAGUUCAAUUUACAGCUACACUUUCUGUAACACAUCUAUUAGCCAACUUUCUGUGCAUCUGGAUUUUCACACA